GCCAUUCUUCAAGAACGCGAGGCGGCUUUGGAGGCGCCGUUGCAAGCCGUGAGGGAGGCGGAGACGGACAAGCACCAGGUCGAGGUGGAGGAGGAGAUCCGCGGUUUGGAGGAGAACCGGCGACAGAUUCUUCAAGAGCUCGAGGCAACGUCGACAAAGCUGGCCCAGGCGCGUGACAGCCGCAUGGCACUGCUGCAGCAACAUGGAGAGGUGACAGCCAAGUACCGGCAGCGGACCACCCAGCUGGAAUCCGAGCUUCAGGACUUGCGGCCGUCGAGUUUCUACAAGGUCUCGUCGCUUCGUGCCAGCAGCAUGACCGAAGGCGAGCUAGUCGCAGCGCUGAAGCGCAGCACCGAACGCUGGGGUCAGCUCCAAAGCCGUUUCGCCACGGCGGGCAAGGAGCGUGCCCAAAAUGUACUCGCUGAGUUGAAGAAGCACGAGGAAGCAGUGGCAAUGCAGGCAGGCGAACUGUUGCAGAAGCACGCUCAGCUUGAGCUUCUCUGUUUCGAGGCAGCUGGCCGCGAGGUUGGCGAGGCGGUGGGGAGUCUGCUGGAUGUUGCUCGCGCCCGUGCGGACCUCAUGGCGCGGGGGCUGUCCGCAGAGCUCGAGGACGUCUACUCGAUUGCUGCGGCACCAAGGCGUCGCGACAUGAAGCAGCUCCGCUCCGCUUUGGCCGUGGUGGAGUCUGCCUUUCAAGAG